GAAGCGCAUCUCCUGUCGAGUCGCUCUGGAAAGUUCGGUGCCCUGCCUCCUCGUGAACAGUCUAGAAGGUGCUACUCGCCUUUAAAUUCGUACUUUCUCUCUCUCACACACACAAAACAUCUUAUAUUAGUGUCUGUAAUUUGAUACGGACUAGGAGGCGUAAUAUUUGAUAAGGAGUAGAAGAUUAACUGCAAGGAGUGAUAGCGCGAGCUGACAUACUUCACAUCCCAUUAACGCACAGUUGCAGGUGAACUGCGGUAUAAGAUUAUAAACCUAGACGUUUCAGCGCUACAAUGACCGCAGAAGAAGUCUCAAACGACGGGCAGAACAUCCCUGUCGAGGGUGAGGACAUCACUCCUAAGAAAGAUGGAGGAGUUUUGAAGGUGGUGAAAAAAGAGGGCACAGGUACAGAGUUACCUAUGACCGGUGACAAAGUGUUUGUGCACUAUGUGGGCACGCUUUUGGACGGCACUCAGUUCGACUCCAGCCGGGAUCGAGGAGAGAAAUUCUCAUUCGAGAUAGGAAAAGGUCAGGUGAUUAAAGCAUGGGAUAUUGGUGUGGCGACGAUGCGCAUUGGUGAAAUCUGUCAACUGUUUUGCAAACCCGAGUACGCGUAUGGUUCUGCUGGAAGCCCGCCCAAAAUCCCACCCAACUCCACCCUGGUGUUCCAGGUCGAGUUGUUUGACUUUCAUGGUGAAGACAUCACAGAGGAUGAAGAUGGUGGAAUUAUUCGUAGAAUCAUCACAAAAGGAGAGGGUUACUCGAAACCAAACGAGGGUUCAUCUGUGGAAGUGCAUUUGGAAGGGACGCACGAGGGCCGUGUUUUCGACGAUCGGGAUCUGAAGUUUGAGGUGGGAGAUGCAGAGAGUUUUGACCUUCCACUUGGAGUGGAGAAAGCGCUGCAGGCUAUGGAACAGGGCGAGUUGUCCCUGUUCACCAUCAAACCAAAAUACGGUUUCGGAAACGCCGGAAAACCCAAGUUUAACAUUCCACCUGGUGCAACACUGCAAUACAAAAUCACUCUGACAAAGUUCGAGAAGGCUAAAGAAUCCUGGGAGAUGAACUCCAGUGAGAAACUGGAACAGAGUGCUAUAGUCAAAGAGAAAGGAACUCAGUACUUCAAAGUUGGCAAAUAUAAGCAGGCUGUAGUGCAGUAUAAGCGCAUUGUGUCAUGGCUGGAGCACGAGGCAAGCCUGGAAGGUGAAGACGAAGAGAAAGCCAAAGCCCUGAGACUGGCAGCUCACCUCAACCUGGCCAUGUGCUACCUAAAACUACAGGAGCCCAGCUCUGCCCUUGAGAACUGUGACAAGGCAUUAGAACUGGAUGCAAACAAUGAAAAAGCUUUGUUCAGGCGAGGAGAAGCUCUGUUUGUGAUGAAGGAAUUUGAUCAGGCGAGAGGAGACUUCCAGCGUGUGAUACAGCUGUACCCGACCAACAAGGCCGCAAAGAGCCAAGUGCUGCAGUGCCAGAAACACCUCAAGGAGCAGCACGAAAAGGACAAACGCCUCUACGCCAACAUGUUUCAGAAGUUUGCCGAGAGGGAUGCUAAAAAGGAAGCCGAACAGACAAAGAAAGGGAGUGAGAGCGCGAUGGAGAUAGAGGAAAAUGGUGCCCCCGAGCAGACUGCAGCAUAAAUACAUAUUAAUUUGGCUGUUUUUGUGUGUUUAUUAAUUUUUAUUUCCUUGGCUUUUUUUUUUUUACGAUUUGUUUCUAUGAAAUGAGUGCAUGUGUAUAGGUAUGAAGCUGAAAGUCUGAACUGUAGAAUGCUGUUUGUUUUUGUUCCCUUUCUCUAGGCCUCACAGACACUGGCAUUGGCACCGUGUGCAUUUAAUUCGUGUGUUUGUGUUCAUGUGAGGCAGGUAGUCGGCCCGGCUGUGUACUUUUUUUUUUUUUUGCUAUUCUGCAUGAAGCUGCAGAAAUGAAGUCUGAAACGCUGAAUGGAAAUCUGUUCGGUAAUUAUCAGGUGGUACUGCAGCCUCCGCUAAUGGGCCCGGCCUUGAUACUGCUAUUAAACGAGAUAUUAGAUCACCACUACGUAGUGCUGCUGUACAAAACAGAUACUGGCACGGAGCUAAAACGAUCGUCAUGGCGACAAGACUGUUUUGUUGGUAUUCUCUAUAUAGAUGUACACAUUUGAUAGCUGUUUUUUUCUGUCUCUUUUUUUCUGUUACUGUUGGGUGUCCAUGAAGCUGUUAAACUCUUUAAUUCUUUAAUUUAAUUCUUAAUUCUGUUUUCUGUUUCUUUUUCCACAAAACUGGAAAUCCAGUAUCGUUAUUUUUUUUUAAACGUUUACGAGGAGCUCUUUAUCACUGAGAACCUCUUAGUAUUUUGACUCGCUCUUAAAAUUAUUUUUUCGGCACUGAGAGAAAUCAAUACAGUCUUCUGUUCCAGCCUGCUGGAAAGUUCAUUUUUUUGUGUUUGUGUUUACUUGGAUCAGGAUCAUGGGCUCAUAGACUGAUUUUUCUAGAUUUAAGCUGAGGUUGUAAGCAGCUGAGAUUUAGACUUGUUUCUCAGCAGUCCAUAUGCUACUUACGCUGGUUUGUUUGGAAUGCGUGAACGGAGGCGAGUGAAACGUGUUAAUUGUUCUGUUCAUGUGUUUACUAAUGCUCCGGUCAUGUCAAAUAAAAGAAUCCAAUAACCUCAAAACCUCAA